CACCAUUGUCAUGAUGACAAAACUUGAAGAACGAAACAGAAUAAAGUGCGAUCAAUACUGGCCGACCAGAGGUUCCGAGGCAUACGGCAUCAUGCACGUGACAUUGCAAGAUGUCCUUGAACUUUCAACUUACACCAUUAGGACAUUCCAACUAUCAAGAAACUCCUUACCAGAGAAGCGCGAGGUGCGACAAUUUCAAUUUACAGGCUGGCCUGACCACGGAGUACCAGACCAACCUUCACCCCUACUCAUCUACAUGCGCAGAGUCAAAUCCUCCAUACCCUCUGAUUCUGGGCCGAUCGUUGUGCACUGCAGCGCGGGAGUUGGCAGAACUGGAGCGUUCAUCGUCAUCGACUCCAUGCUGGAACGAAUCAAACACGAGAAAACUGUUGACAUUUACGGGCAUGUCACUUGCUUGAGGGCCCAACGCAAUUACAUGGUUCAAACAGAAGAUCAGUACGUUUUCAUCCACGAUGCAUUAUUAGAAGCCAUCCAGUCAGGAAACACGGAGGUGUCGGCCAGGAAUCUGCUAGCUCACAUUCAGAAACUUAACCAAGUUGAUCCAGGAGAUACGGAGACUGGAAUGGAGUUGGAGUUUAAAAAACUUUCAAGCAUUAAGAUAAACCCUUCACGGUUCGCCAGUGCCAGCCUGCCAGUUAACAAACUGAAGAACAGAUUGGUCAACAUUCUACCAUACGAGUCGACGAGGGUGUGCCUGCAGCCCAUACGCGGAGUGGAGGGGUCUGAUUACAUCAAUGCAAGCUUUGUUGACGGUUACCGUUACAGGAGAGCCUACAUAGUGACCCAAGGUCCACUGCCUGAAACCACGGAAGAUUUCUGGCGAAUGUUGUGGGAACACAACUCAACGAUCGUCGUCAUGCUGACGAAGCUGAGAGAAUCCGGCAGAGACAAGUGUCAUCAGUACUGGCCGAGUGAGAGAUCAGCCAGGUACCAGUACUUUGUGGUGGAUCCCAUGGCCGAGUACAACAUGCCACAGUACAUAUUGAGAGAGUUUAAAGUCACUGAUGCCAGGGAUGGGCAGUCGAGAACGAUUCGUCAGUUCCACUUCACUGAAUGGCCUGAGCAAGGGGUGCCCAAGUCUGGCGAAGGUUUCAUCGAUUUCAUUGGCCAGGUACACAAAACGAAAGAGCAGUUUGGCCAGGAUGGUCCUAUCACUGUUCACUGCAGUUCCGGUGUUGGCAGGUCAGGUGUGUUUGUGACGUUGAGCAUUCUGCUGGAGAGGAUGAGAUACGAAGGCAUCGUAGACAUGUUUCAAACAGUCAAGAUGCUCUGGAUGCAGAGGCCUGUCAUCAUUCAAUCAGUGGAGCAAUAUGCAUUCUGCUACAGAUCGGCUCUUGAAUAUUUAGGAUCCUUUGACCAUUACGCAAAUUGAACCUCCGCAUCACAUAACUUGACAUAGACCAAUUGAGGAUGGAAAGUGCGUGCUUGAGGUCAUGCUAUUGAAGUAGCAAGGAGAUAUUUUUGUAGCUCACGAGACGAAAUUUUAAAAAUGAUUCAAUUUUUAAAAUCAAUUUAGUUCACCAUUUAUUUUCAGAGUUAUUUUAAAAACUUAUAUACCAACAUUAAGUUAUAAUUAAUCAAUUGAUACUAUGUUAGCCCCUGUCAAUAUUGAAUUUUAUUAAUUAUAUGUUUAUAUAUUAAUAUUUAUAUAAACAUUACUUAAGAUCUGUGUAAAAAAUAAUUUCAAAUUAUUUUGAUGAAAGAUUUUAAUGUUUGCAGUUAGAAGGUUUAAAAUGUUGUCAGUUUAUCACAUUCGUCAACCAAAUUUUACUAAAUUUGCUUUCAGUUGAUAAAUAUGCGUAGCUU